UCAUGCGCGCUGAGCGGCCCUAAUGUAAAUAUCUGCUAUCCAGAGUUUUGUUUUCCUGCGUUUCCCAUCCAACUGAAUUUGCGCACUGCAGAAUACAAAGCAAAACAAUCAGACAAGUGCGCCAUGGUUUCGUUGAGUGAAUUGAACGUUUUAUGCGAUAAAGUGAGGUCAAUAUGGGGAAGUAUAAGAGAAACUAAAGCGUAAAUAUUGCCCAAUGCAUUUUUGGAUAAACAAAGGAAACCAGCAGGGGCAUUAUUGGCCGAGAAGUUGUCGUUUAGUUCGCCCCCCGCCUGAGGCUGUUGCAAAUUACCUUGCCAGGCAUCCCAGGGGAUUUUAUCCCAAACCCAUGGUAACACCAGUUCGUCGGUUCCAGUCGUUAGAAAGUGUGUCCAACAAUGGUCUGCGAUACAACAGGUCAUCUCCAGGCCAUCGCCCGAAUAGACAAGCCACUUCUAAUGCACACGUUGUUUAUUAUAAUACUUCACCUAAUGUACGGAUAGAAAGAGAGAUAUCUGUCGAUGUGGACCAUGAGGAAACGAAUGCACAAAAUCUCGAAAAUAUCGAAUUGGAAUUGUACAUUCACAAGUUUAAAUUAGCUUUAUUGGGAUUCGCAUUUUUGGCGAUAUGUGUCUUGUUUGGGGCCAACUAUUUAAGCACAGGGCAACUGUGGCGAUUAGGAGUGGAAACGCUGGUCGUCAUUUCCGUACUCUUAAUAGUACUACUUUUAGGAGCAAUUAUAAUCAUGUAUUUAGACGAAAGACAUAAUGCUAAUGUUGCGAUAGCCAAUCAGCAAAAUGCGGAACGCCGUAGUAUCCAGCUUGAGACGGAAUACGCAGAAGAGCAGGAACCACAGAGACCAACACAACUGUCCAUAGACGAUUCCGGUAUGCGUGAAAUGUCUCCGCCGCCAUAUCAUAUAGCGAUUAGAUUAACAAAUCAAACCGAGUUAGAAGAAAUUCAAAUCUACAAUGACCAGUCUCCUCCGCCGCCAUACGAAAAAGCCGUUACUUGACUCCAAUUCGUUGUAUAACUUAUUUUCUCUAAGAGCUUUAUCGAUAUAUAUAUUUUGAGACACUGUAUUUUGUUGUAUACAUUAAUGUCAUAAGUAAUAUGGUAACACCACAGAUAUAAUAAGAUCUAUUAUGCGUCUAUAUUAAUAUAAUCUAAGAAUCAAACAACCAAAAGUAAAAAACUGCUUUUAAAAAGACCUUGCAGAGUUGUAAAUAAGAAUAAAUAAUCGACUAUUAUUACAUGCCGAAAUAAAACAAACAAAAUAAGUUAAAGCUUAGACCAUCAGAAACACCUACAAAAUUAAUAAUCCAAACAUCAAUAAGUAAUAAGAGUAGAAUUAAUACUAAUAAAUAUUAAAAGACUUUUCUUCCUUCUUUCUGCCUUAAAAUAUUUCACGAAGAACUUCAGUUAUCUAUAUCAUGCAAUAAAAAUUAUUCAAUGCUCAGAUGACAUAUAAAUGGAUACCUGGAAACUCAUUCCCAUAAAGACUGUAUUGAUAUGCCAAAUAUUUUAGAAUAAAUGAUUCUUAUUUCUAUACUGUUUAUUUGAUAUGUAGAUAUAGAAGAAAUACAUACAAAUACUUAUG